AUGGGGAUUGAGGAGACUAAAAGAAAGACGCGAAUGAAGUUCGGUAAACAGAUUCAGCGCCGGCAGCUCGAUCUUCCCGAAUAUGCGGCCAGCUUCGUCAACUACAAGGCGUUGAAGAAGCUUAUCAAGCAACUCAGCGCCACGCCUACUAUCCCCGCGCAGAGGACUGCCGAAGAGAUCGCCCAAGAUGGCACGCUGGAUCCCCAGGCUGCUCUUCGCGCGAACAAGGAGGUGUUCUUCUUCCGCUUGGAGCGGGAAAUUGAAAAAGUCAAUGCUUUUUACCUGCAGAAAGAGUCAGAGUUCUCGCUACGUUUGAAAACGCUAGUCGACAAGAAGCGCGUGAUCCAGUCACGAACCGUCUCCAAUUCCAAGGCUCCGUCGAACUUUGUGGCGCUUUUCGAGGGCUUCCAACAAUUCGAUGGUGAUUUGAACAAACUGCAGCAAUUCGUCGAGAUCAACGAGACCGCCAUGUCCAAGAUCCUGAAGAAAUGGGAUAAAACCUCCAAAUCCCGCAUGAAAGAGCUUUAUCUGCACCGUGCAGUCGAAGUGCAACCUUGUUUCAACCGCGAGGUCCUGCGAGACCUGUCAGAUCGGGCUACGACCGCUCGAUUAGAGUUGGAGGCGUGGGCCGAGGGAGAGAACCUACAAUUUGACACUUCGCGGCCAACCGAGCGUUCUACGGCGCCCUUUGGUACGGAGGAAGAGGAGCUGGAUCUUCAAGUCUUGCAGUCCGCAUCUACCGGAAACCUGCAGACCCUGCGGGAGUGGAUCGCAAAGCUACACUCUUUCCCAGAUGCUAGUGAUCGGGCGACGAGAACUUUCUUGAAUGCGAUCAACGGCUUCGCCGACGAGGUCCUUGGUCUUCUCCUUGAAAGUGGUCUGGUCGACAUUCACGCUGAAGAUGAUAUCAAUGAGCGAAACUGUCUCCACGAGGCUGCCAUCUCCGGGCGAGACUUUGUCUUCAAGGCCGGCCUUGCAGCUGGUGUUGAUUUCUCUCGGUCCGAUGUCUAUGGACGCAUUCCUCUACAUUACGCGUGUAUGCACGGCCGGGUGGAUAUGGUGCGGGAGCUGCUGGCGGCUGGCCCGCAAACGGUGGACAUUAUGGAUCACGACAAUUUCACUCCUUUGAUCCACAGUAUCGUCAAGGGUCAGCUCGCGUGUGCCGAGCAGGUGCUCUAUAGCAACGCUCGGAUCGAUCCGGCCUCCGAAUCGGAUCAUAUCCCACUCAAUCUGGCCUGUCAACAUGGCUCUCUCCCGAUUGUGAAAAUGCUCCUUGAGCGCAAGGCUCGCUUGUUGCCUGAUGCCGAGGGUCUUUAUCCCCAGCAUAUGGUCGCUCGAGCUUCCCAAUCACCAGACCUUCUAUUACUCCUUAAGCAGCACGGUGCCGAUCUAGACCAACGAGACAAAUUGUACCAGUGGACGCCUCUGUUCCAUGCUGCGAGCGAAGGCUGUGUCCCGUGUCUACGGACGCUUCUUGAGCUGGGAGUGGAUGCAAAGGUGGCUGAUGAGAAGGGCCUUUCGGCCAUGUACUAUGCCGCGUGGGAAGGGCAUUUGGAGUGCAUGUUGCUUCUGUGGGCUCAACCGUCCGAAGCACGUCCGUCCCAGCGGCCGCUGGAUCUUCUAAAUGGCGUACAGUUCCAGGAGGCUGGCAUGAUGGAGGAUUCAGGAGCUCUCCGCCGUUCUAGCGCCGCUGAGAUGGAUAUUGCUGAUGGCAUCCCGGACUUGGAACUCCCCCCACCAAUCAUCCCUCUCCGUCGUUACGGUCACAACUUCCUGGACAAAAAGGUCUUCGUCCAGCUCCUCUUCGACCAGGGCAACUCUGGUUCCAUUGCCUUUGACCAGGCUGGCCGCCACCCUGCGGCCCGACUGACUAUUUCCUCUAAACUCUCCGACCUUAUCCCCCGUACUAUUGUUCUCCCUAUCCAAGACGACUCUCGCACGAUAUCCUUCCACGUGGACAAUCUAGACACCUUUGCUGUGGACUUUGAAAUCUUCCCAACGUUUGGUUCCAAGGUGAUUGCAAAGAGUGUGGCUUUGCCCGUGGUCUUUGGUGCGGAAAGGUCUAGCACGGGCUCGUGCUGCUUGCCUCUCUUUGACCCUCGUCUUCGCGCCAUUGGUCAACUACGCUUCAACUUCCAGGUUAUCAAGCCGUACCACGGUGAUCCCCUGGAGAUUACCCAUUUCGCCACUUACUGGAAGGCGACGAGUGCAGUCGACUCGGAACACAAUGGCCUGGUUACUGGCUCAAGUUUGUCGGGAGAUUACGUGCAGCUCUUUGUGCAACUCACCCGUGACCGCGUGCCGGUUCUUUACCCCCAGUUCAUGAUCAACCACCACGGAAUCGAUAUCCCCGUGUGUCAGUUGUCGUACGCUCAGUUCCAGACCAUCGGUGCCGAGCGGGGUGUCAACCAACAAGAGAUCGCCCGAUUCUUGGAGACACAAGCGGUCAAUGACAUGCCACAGACACAUCGUAUCCUGGCUGCAUCCUUCCUGUCUCUGCGGGAGGUUUUGCGGCAGCUCCCGAUUGACUUGAACGUCAACCUCUCCGUUCUCUACCCCUCCGGUGCCGAGGAGAGGGCUCUUGGCUUGACGGCCCUGGCCGACGUCAACAGCUUUGCUGAUGCUAUCCUGACAAAUGUCUUUGAUCAUGCCCGUGUCGCUCGCGAAAAGAGUCCCGACUUUAUGCGCUCCGUGGUCUUCACCUCUUACAACGCCAAUAUCUGCACUGCACUGAACUGGAAGCAGCCGAACUACCCGGUCCUCCUUUGCAAUGACCUUGGUCAAAUUCGGGAUCUUGCUGGUGACGUGGAUGCACUGCCCCAUGUGAACAGUAGCGGCCGUGCCUCGAUGUCCAUUAAGGAGUCUGCUCGGAUCGCUCAGAGUAACAACUUCAUGGGUCUGAUUUGCCGGUCAAGUCUUCUGAACGUCGUCCCUGCUCUCGUGGAGACUAUCAAAGAACUUGGCCUCGUGCUGGUGGCUGAUACUUGCGACGAGGCUGGGCAGCCUGACCGCGCGGAUGCACUCACCUCCGCCAAUGCCACGGGCGUGGCCGAGUGGGCGUACCGGAUGCCCGACGGUGUCAAUGGCGUGAUGAAAGCCAACGGCAUUUUGCGAUUCAACGAUAUGAUCGACAUGUGA